ACUCAUGAUUCUUCCAUGUGCUCUAUACGGGAAAGGUUGCAUUUUCGAUUUAUCCUUUUCUUCCAAGGAUUUCAUAAUUGGACGUUGAACCCAUUUCAUAUGAUGGGAGUUGCCGGAGUAUUAGGCGCAGCUCUGCUAUGCGCUAUCCAUGGGGCUACCGUAGAAAACACUCUAUUCGAAGAUGGUGAUGGUGCAAAUACCUUCCGCGCUUUUAACCCAACUCAAGCUGAAGAAACGUAUUCAAUGGUCACUGCUAACCGCUUUUGGUCCCAAAUCUUUGGUGUUGCUUUUUCCAAUAAACGUUGGUUACAUUUCUUUAUGCUAUUUGUACCCGUCACCGGUUUAUGGAUGAGUGCUAUUGGCGUAGUUGGCCUGGCUCUGAACCUACGUGCCUAUGACUUCGUUUCCCAGGAAAUCCGUGCAGCGGAAGAUCCUGAAUUUGAGACUUUCUACACCAAAAAUAUUCUUUUAAACGAGGGUAUUCGUGCGUGGAUGGCAGCUCAGGAUCAGCCUCAUGAAAAUCUUAUAUUCCCUGAGGAGGUUCUACCACGUGGAAACGCUCUUUAAUGGAACUUUCGUUUUA